CAUUCGUCCCAGACGAAUUCGGCCUAAUAAUGCCCGCGGGCGUAUCCUGGGGACAGUACUUGAAAUUUCUAGGCAGUGCCAUGGUGGCCAUGAUGGCCGGUUCACAGGCAGUGCAUCUUUAUUACAAACCUCUGGAAGACUUGCCUGUCUAUAUAGAGCGCGAACGGCAAACAACUCCAGCUAAACUUACACCGACAGAAAACGCAACAAACACAAAUCAAGCGGUUGGUUAAGAUUAACUUGGUAUAUUCCUAAACUAAGUAUAAAAAAAAUAGGACGAAAAAAAGGCUUUUCUGUGAACUUGUAAA